AUGGGCAAGAACUCGAGCCUGCUCGAUGCGCUGCCUUCCACGCAGGGCACGCUCCACGUCGUCAUGCUCGGCCUCGACUCCGCCGGCAAAACCACAGCGCUCUACAGGCUCAAGUUCGACCAGUACCUGAACACCGUCCCCACAAUAGGUUUUAAUUGCGAAAAAGUCAAAGGCACAAUUGGAAAGUCUAAGGGUGUCAAUUUUCUAGUUUGGGAUGUAGGAGGACAAGAGAAGCUCCGGCCGCUUUGGAAAUCGUACACACGGUGCACGGACGGCAUUAUAUUUGUAUUAGACUCCGUCGAUAUUGAGAGGAUGGAGGAAGCCAAAAUGGAACUAAUUCGCACGGCUAAAUCACCAGAUAACGCAGGCGUGCCGAUACUCGUACUAGCAAAUAAGCAAGACUUACCUGGAGCAAAGGAACCGCGGGAACUAGAAAAAUUAUUAGGGCUACAUGAACUAGUGUCGUCACCGCACGGCUCGCGCGAUUCGCACUCAUGGCAUGUGCAGCCCGCGUGUGCCAUCACUGGUGAAGGUCUUCAUGAGGGUCUCGAAGCACUUUACGAAAUGAUUCUCAAAAGAAGAAAACUUGCCAAGUUGCAGAAAAAACGAGUCAGA